UACAAGACCUUGCAGAAUUCCACGCUGGGUGCCCUUCUUUCUCUUCAUUUAUUUUACGUCAUUUUUGAUGGCAGAUAUUAAUUUUUAUGGAAAAGACUGGCCUAUCUGCUAUUAUUUUUUUUCCUGCUGAGUCAUUGCCCAACUCAACAGUCAUUUGUGUGGUUUGCUUCCUGGACUUGAGUCGGUCGUGUGCCUUCCUUCUCGCCUCCUGCGUUUGCUGUAGCUGUGCUGGUUCCAAGCAGAACUCCAUCAGAUGGUCCCAUGCUGUCACUCCGUGGUUGGGGCGAGUGAGACAUGUCCUAACAGCAGGAUUUACCCCGUGCUCUAAUGAUGAAGUCCUCUUUACAUUCAGAAGAAGAUGACUUCGUGCCAGAGCUUCAGAGAAGCAUCCAUCCCCGAGAGAGGCCGGACUGGGAGGAGACCCUCAGCGCUAUGGCACGUGGUGCAGAUAUCCCUGACAUCACAGGGGAGUUACCGCUCCGGACCUGCGGCAGCACAGCAAGUAUGAAAGUGAAGAAUGUGAAAAAAUACAUCAACCCGGGACUGAUGGGCUGUGAUGCCUUUCACAGGUUAUCCUUUACAAAGGGUCAUUUCCCGAAGAUGGCUGAAUGUGCACAUUUCCAUUAUGAAAACGUGGACUUUGGCAACAUACAGCUUUCGCUCCCAGAAGAACAGAGCGAAGUGAUGAGGAACGGCUGUGAAUCCAAGGAACUUGUCUACCUUGUCCAGAUCUCUUGCCAGGGGAAGAGUUGGAUCGUGAAGCGCAGCUACGAGGAUUUCCGAGUUCUCGACAAGCAUCUCCACCUCUGCAUUUAUGAUCGGCGUUUCUCCCAGCUCGCAGAGCUGCCCCGCUCCGACGUGCUGAGGGACAGCCCAGAGCUUGUCACCCACACGCUGAUGGCUUACCUGUCCCGUCUCUCGGCCAUCGCAUGCAAUAAGAUCAACUGUGGGCCUGCCCUGACAUGGAUGGAGAUUGAUAACAAGGGGAACCACCUGCUGGUCCAUGAGGAGUCAUCUAUUAACAUUCCAGCUAUUGCUGCUGCCCAUGUUAUUAAGAGAUACAUUGCCCAGGCACCGGAUGAGCUCUCCUUUGAGGUGGGAGACAUUGUGUCUGUUAUUGAUAUGCCACCAAAGGAGUUGACCACCUGGUGGAGGGGCAAGCACGGAUUUCAGGUUGGAUUUUUCCCUAGUGAGUGUGUUGAACUAAUUAACGACAAAGUUCCUCAGUCUGUCACCAAUUCGGUGCCAAAGCCAGUGUCAAAGAAACACGGCAAGCUCAUCACCUUCCUUCGUUCCUUCAUGAAGUCCCGCCCAACCAAACAGAAACUGAAACAGAGGGGGAUCCUGAAGGAAAGGGUGUUCGGCUGUGACCUGGGAGAGCAUCUGCUCAACUCUGGCCAGGAUGUCCCCCAGGUCCUCAAGAGCUGCACUGAAUUCAUUGAGAAGCAUGGCAUUGUGGAUGGGAUAUACCGCCUGUCCGGUGUCGCAUCCAACAUCCAGAAACUGCGCCAUGAGUUUGACUCCGAGCAGAUUCCUGACCUAACCAAGGACAAUUAUAUCCAUGACAUUCACAGCGUGAGCUCCCUCUGCAAAAUGUACUUCAGGGAGCUCCCGAACCCUCUGCUGACCUACCAACUCUACGAGAAGUUCUCAGAUGCUGUUUCUGCUGCUACAGACGAGGAGCGGUUGGUGAGAAUCCACGAUGUCAUCCAGCAGCUGCCCCCACCUCACUACAGGACACUGGAAUACCUAAUGAGACACUUAGCUCGUUUAGCUGAUUACUGCACCAUCACAAAUAUGCACGCGAAGAACUUAGCCAUUGUUUGGGCUCCAAACCUUUUAAGAUCAAAGCAGAUUGAGUCUGCCUGCUUCAGUGGAACAGCUGCCUUCAUGGAGGUGCGGAUCCAGUCAGUCGUUGUGGAAUUCAUCUUGAACCACACAGACGUCCUCUUCAGCUCCAAAUUCAGCUCAGUCAUACGAGAUGGAGCAGGACACAGUUCUUUAUCACGACCCAAGUCUCUGUUGGUGUCUUCUCCCUCCACAAAGCUGCUCACGCUGGAGGAGGCACAGGCGCGGACACAAGGCCAGAUCAACUCCCCCAUGGUGACAGACAAUAGAUACAUUGAAGUGGGAGAAGGACCUGCAGCUUUACAAGGGAAAUUCCACACAGUCAUUGACUUUCCAUCAGAAAGAAAAAGACCGCCCAGUAAGAUGAAGAAAUCGCCCGUUGGCAGCUGGCGUUCCUUCUUCAACCUGGGAAAGUCAUCCUCUGUGUCCAAACGCAAACUGCAGCGCAACCCCAGCGAGCCCUCAGAGAUGAAGGUCAUAGCCCUGGCAGGGGGACGAGGAGACAGCGGGACUCUUCGCUCAGCUAAAAGCGAAGAAUCACUUACCUCUCUGCACGCCGUUGAUGGUGAAUCUAACCGGUUUCGACCCAGAAGACCCAGAUCCAGUAGUGAUGCACUGUCUGCUUCCUUCAAUGGAGAGCUCUUAGGAAGCAUGAAUCGCUGCAAUUCUUAUGACAACCUUCCACAUGACAACAGUGAUGGGGAUAAGGAGCUCAUCCACGUUCCUGCCCUCAUUUCUCCUCGCUCUGCCGAAGAUGUUGACCUGAGCCCACCAGAUAUUGGCGUUGCCAGCCUGGAUUUUGACCCAAUGUCUUUUCAGUGCAGCCCACCCCAAACAGAGUCUGAUUGCCCAGACAGCAGCACCUCCAUGCUGGAGUCCAUCGGCAUCAGUAAGGAGAAGCCAAGCCUCUUGAAGAAGGACUUAGAAUCAGGCAGCCAGUCCCAGACACCGGGCAGCGCCACGAGCUCUGAGCCAGUCUCUCCAUUCCAAGAGAAGAUGAGUCCCUUCUUUACUCUGGACCUGAGCCCGACCGAAGAGAAGACCUUCAAACCCAGCGACACCUCGCCCCAGAUGGGGAAAAAGCCCAUCAAAUCUCCACCGCUGACCACGUCAGAACCUGUCUCCUUUGCACUGCCCAGCUGCACGUCAGAAUCAAUUGGGGGGAUGCUCAUCACAACCAGAAACUCUUCCACUUCCAACUGGAGCGAAGAGAUUGGUAUCGCUGAAAUCACAAACAGGUUCCCAACCCAGAUGUCUUUACCUCUGAAAGAAACUGAAAGAGCAGCAGAGGAGGAAGCCCAUCAAGAGCUAAAGCAUGCCCAGAUAGUGGCUGCUGGCAAACCAGAGUUGCCAGAUGAAGGGGAGAGACCAAUGUCAAGCAGUCAGAAUAAGACUGUACCCAGUGGACACGCACAGCCAGGAGCAGUUGCCCUCGACUCCCCCCAGGAUCCUGUUCCUGUCAGUUCUGUGUCUCUUAUCCCUCCUCCUCCUCCGAAAAACGCAGCGCGCAUGCUAGCCCUAGCGUUAGCUGAGUCUGCACAGCAAGCAUCUGCUCAGUCUCAGAAAAAGCCAGGAGAUGCCCACUCUGAAAGCACCACUUACGGAGAAACUGAAGCUGCUACAGCUCUGGAAAAGCUCCAUCUCUCUGCUGGAGCUCCAGACAAGCUUCACCUGUAUACUGAUCUGCCUGAGAACCAGCUUCACUUCCAGACUAGUGCACCAGUUGAGCAGGAUUUUCAAGCUAGCAGCACAGCUCAGGAGCAGAACCACCCUCCAGGUGCACCUGGAAGUCAGGACCCCCAGCCUCUUCACACCAGCGUGCCUGGGGAUGUGCCUGCUAGAAGAGAUGCAGAGCAAGAGCAGCCCAGCUACCUUGCUGGUCAAAUGGAGAACAAAGAGCAGUUCCCAGCCCCUGCUGAGGACUGGGAGCAGACACGGCAGCACGCUCCAGGGGCACUGCCCGACUGGGAGCCACCUACAACCGACUUACCUAUGGAUAAGCCCCACGUUCAUGCAUGCACGUCUGGGGACAAGCAGCUCACUUCCACCUGUUCAGCUGAUGACAAACUUGAGACUCCUGUAACUGCUGGGGAGAAAAGCACCCCAGUCCCAGUGCCGUAUCUGACAACCAUCCAGACAGCAGCAGCUGAGCCUAACCGUGCACCAACAUGUCAGCAUGCAGCUGGUCCAGCCCUAAUUCAGGCAGAUGGCACUGCUGCACAGCGCACACCCACAGGCAGCCAGCCCACCCCACCGCAGAGGCAGGAUCACCAGUCUGCAGUGGGACAAGUGCCAGCAGCCUCUGCAAAAGCAUCCAGCAAUUCCAGCCAGGUUUGGGGUGCAGCUGCACCUGAAAAACCACCUGAGCCUACUCCUGGUUUUGCCACAGAAAGCACUUCCAGCAGCCACCGCUCCUCCUCUGUACCCAGCAGCCACCAGAGCCGUUUGGAAAAGCCACGGGAGGGUACGAGGGCUCCCCUGCUGCACCUGCGCUCCGAGUCUGUCCCUACUCACUCCUCCUACGGCUUCACUCCGCCUGUCCCACCUGUGAGAACACUGGAGAGCAAAAUAGCUGCCGCCAUGCACUCCAACAACACUGACGCGAUCAAUAACUCCAACUACCACGCCUUCCUGGCUUCCUCCAUGCUGGCCUCCUCCGUAGAGGAAGUCCUGCUGCCUCCUCCAGCACCGCCACCACCACCUCUGCCGCCACCACCUCUUGCUCCGCCGCCGCCCCCCAAGCACGCCUCCCUGCAGUCCAUGUAUGUGCCGCACCCCAAACCCGAGAGCAUCCUGGAGCCCUCCGGGCCAGACGUCUACCUGCACCACAAGCCGACCUCCAUCCACCAGUACCGACCUGAGAGCGUCCCUCCUCACGUGAGCUAUCACAGCAAGCCAGAUCAGCACCCAGCCUACCCUCCUCGAUCGGAGACACCCACUUCCGCGAGUGCUCGCUACAACACCUACACAAACCAAGGGAGGAGCAGCUCUGCUGUCUACUCCAAACCUCGCAGCCGGAUGGAGUUUGCGUCCUCCGUGAGCCCCACAGGUCUGCGGAACGCCGCCUACGCCGAGGACCCUCCACCCUACCCCACCAUCCGUAGGGUUCAGUCGCUGCACGUUCCCACUCCGGCCGCCUCUGCCAUCCGCUCCGUCCCCAUUUCGCGCACCGAGGUGCCUCCAGACGAUGAGCCACUGUUCUGCCCGCGGCCCCUCUACCAGUACAAGCCAUAUCAGCCUCACUCCGACUACCACGUCACUCAGCUGCAGCCUUACUUUGAGAACGGGAGGGUGCAUUACCGCUACAGCCCUUAUUCCAGCUCCUCCGGAUCUUCCUAUUACACCUCUGCCGAUGGGAACUUCUAUGACCUGGACCCCUACAGCACCAUGCGGGUCAGGCCUUUCCACCCGCUGCACAGCCGCGACUUCACGUCCUACGAGGCACGGCUUCACAGCAAGGGCUUGCACCGCUACCCCGGCCUGUCUGCCUACCCACGGGGCGGCCUCAUCGGCCACCUGGCAGGCAAGGAGCACAGCUUCAUCAGCAGGGACGUGCCUCCUGCCCCGGACAUCAAGCACAUGUACAUGUCGUGGGACCUGGAAGACAUGGAGAAGUACCGCAUGCAGUCUAUUCGCCGCGAGAGCCGCACACGGCAGAAAGUGAAAGGGCCACUGAUGUCGCAGUAUGACAACGUGACCCCGCUGCUGCCAGAGGACCCGGGAGGGCCGGAUAUCAUUCACUUGCGCAGCAAGUCAGACCCUGGGAAGAGCGGGCUACUCACUGUGGCGGAAGGGAAGGAGGGGAAGUACCCGGCCAAGGCAGCUACACCUGACGGGGAGGAACGUUACUACAUGCAGCACCCUGAGCCAGAGCUGGACAGAGCCCACUACCACGGCGCCUACGGGAACGGGCAGCCGGAGAAGCCGUCCCUCCCCCAGAAGCAGAGCAGCAUCCGCAGCAGGAAGCUGCACGAGCCGACCUGUGGCGCCAGCGACCACCGGCCACACCUGCAGCAGGAGCCGAGCCACAGGCAGCCUUCUGAACCCAAAAACGGACCCCCUUAUCCUGAUUACAGGCCCAAAGGCGCCGAGCCCACCGAGCCCAUGGGCUACCAGCACUUGGGCAGGAAGUACAUCCUGGCAAACCAGGACACCCUGAGACUAAACCACAAGGAAGUGAGGCUGGCGGAGGACAGGCCAGAUUUGGAAAGGUCUCGAGCCAGGCCCAGCACAUCCAUUGAGAAACACCCCAGAGAUGGCUACAAGGAAGAGGAGCACGCAGCCUCCCCCAUGGCACCGCCGCCUUCACCUGAACGGAGCCACAGCCUCAGGGUGCAGCACCGCGAGUCCGUGGAGAAGGACUCUGCCCUCUUCUACCCGUACCAAACCCUUGGGAAACGCCAAAGCACUAUGACUGUGAUGUCCCAGUAUGAUAACGUGGAAGAUUACCAUACCAUGCCUCAGCACCAAAGAGGGGGCUAUGCUGGAGAAGGGGGGUGUGUGCCCCCCGCUUUUACCCAUGUGCACAGUAGAAUUUACGCCACGGCCCUCGGCCAGGGGGCCUUCCUUCCCACAGAGCUGUGUUUGCAAAGGCCUGAAACAGAGGUCCAUGUUGAGUGAGCACACGGAGGUAAAAGAAAUAAUGGAAAUAAUUGAAAUAAUAGAGUUUUAAACAGCC